CUCGGUGGUCCAGACCUAGUAUUCCAAUUUGAAACCCCCGAGAUCCAGAAAAAUACAGUCAAGAAGUCAAGGACGCUAGACACGAAGGCAAAACAAGAAGAGGCAUUAGCUGAUUUCCUAGCCCGAGUCCCAAAAUGCGAAAGAGAAUGGACCAUGACACGGCAGAAGACUCAACUAUACACAGUAGAACAAAUACUUGAUACUUUCCAACAUCUCACCCUUCGUCCACGAUUCGCCCAUCCCUCUGUACCGUACGCCGGAUCUGCGACGACGCCUAUUGCGACGGUCACAGCGUACCGAGAUCUUCAGCUCGAACUCCAAAAACAUGCUACCAAAUCGACCCAGCUGUAUAAUUACAGUCUCAUCCUCUUCUACUGCAUCUGUUGCGUCGCUAGGGAGUAUGGGGCGAGCGUUGAGGAUGUGGACCAGGCAGUCAAGGAAUGCCUGCCCGGCCGAGAGCAAAGCGGCAUUUACUCAAGGAGGCUCCGCCGAGCUGCCAAGUGGGCGGCCUGCGUGAUUGAAGAGACAGAAUCAUCGACAGGGCAUCCAAGCUCUCAACUAUUUGUGCUCUGUGGACCACCGUUGGAAACUUAUCGAAUUUGGUCAGAACGGGCCGAGACGAAGGAUGAACUUAUUAAUAAAUAUGCGUCUGUCUUUUCUCCGACAUUCAUGAUCGCUCAUCUUGGCCUAUGGAGUCUAGGUCAAGUCAACGAAGCCCUGGGAACGGACCUCAGCCCAGCAGAGUACGAACGAAGAGCUCUGGUCUUUCAAGAGACAGAAACAUUGAUUAAGUCGCGGCUCUGUUCGCGAGAGGACCUCACUAACCAGAUGGAGGGGAUCCGAUGCCUACGCAAACAAGAGAGCAUGGCGGUGCAUCUAGGCCUCCCUCACCGUCUAGUCCCGUAA